ACUGGUAGGGGCGGAGCGCCUCGGUCCAGGGGUAGGGGGCAGCGGCGGUCCAGGGCUUUGCGUGGCGCCAGGAGCCGGGCGUGCCGCAGCCCCUCGCCCUCUUGGAUCCUCUGUCCUCUUCCCCCUUCCCGCCCCGGCCCGCAGUGCGAGGCUGGGAGCCGCCGCCCGGGGCCGCGCCGUGCUGUCUCUGAAGGGUACAAACCAGAGCACGACAUGAGUCCUAAUAAAGAUGCCAGCAGUCUCAACAGCUCUGCAGCAGGGCUUGUCUGUCUCCCGCCAGUCUCAGAGGAGCUACAGCUUGUGUGGACUCAAGCCAUCCAAACCAGUGAGCUGGAUGGAAAUGAGCACCUGCUACAAGCCUUCAGCUACUUCCCCUAUCCAAGCCUGGCAGAUAUCGCUCUCCUCUGCCUGCGGCAUGGGCUGCAGAUGGAGAAGGUAAAGACCUGGUUCAUGGCCCAACGUCUCCGCUGCGGCAUUAGCUGGUCAUCUGAAGAGAUAGAGGAGACUCGUGCCAGAGUGGUGUACCACCGAGAUCAGCUCCUUUUCAAGUCUCUUCUCUCUUUCACACAGCAGUCAGUGAGGCCCCCACAGGAGAGGCCUCCAGUGCUCCGUCCGGAGCAGGUUGCUCUUGGACUGAGUCCUCUGGCGCCUAGUGAGCAGCCCACUCAUAUGAAAGGAUUGAAGGUUGAGCCUGAGGAGCCCUCUCAGGUAUCACAGCUGCCACUGAAUCAUCAGAACGCUAAGGAGCCUCUGAUGAUGGGCAGCAGAACAUUCUCCCACCAAUCAGACUGUCAGGAUCUUCAGAUCAGUGGCCUCUCUAAGGAGCAGGCAGGCAGAGGUCCUGACCAGUCAUGUGGAAAGACUGCUUCCUGGAAUCACUUCACAGCUGUCCAUCAGCCAGAUAAGCCCGCAUCGGUCUCAUUACUUGAUAAUAGUUGUAAGGAGGAAUCCGAACCUAGUGGAAUACCUCCAUCUUCCUCUACCUCUUCUCCCUCUUUCCAGGCAUUGGCUAAUGGAACCACUGCCACCCCUAAGCCCCUCCAGCCUUUGGGUUGUAUCUCACAGUCACUCUCACCUAGUAAGAAGGCACUGUCUCCACAAGUAGAACCACUCUGGCCCCAAAGGCUAUGGAAUAACUCAGAACCAAAUUCAGCUGGCCCCACAGAAUACCUUUCCCCAGAUAUGCAACACCAGCGAAAGACUAAGCGGAAAACCAAAGAACAGUUGGCCAUCCUCAAAUCCUUUUUCCUACAGUGCCAAUGGGCACGACGAGAAGAUUACCAUAAAUUAGAACAGAUCACUGGUUUACCUCGCCCGGAGAUCAUUCAAUGGUUUGGUGACACACGAUAUGCCUUGAAGCAUGGACAGCUGAAAUGGUUUCGGGACAAUGCAGUACUUGGUACCCCUAGUUUUCAAGAUCCAGCCAUUCCUACACCUUCAACUCGUUCCUUGAAAGAAUGGGCCAAGACACCACCUCUACCAGCCCCACCGCCCCCACCAGAUAUACGACCUUUGGAGAAGUACUGGGCAGCCCACCAGCAGCUGCAGGAAGCUGAUAUCCUUAAACUGAGUCAGGCAUCACGACUAAGCACUCAGCAAGUGUUGGACUGGUUUGACUCUCGAUUGCCUAAGCCAGCAGAAGUGGUAGUUUGUCUAGAUGAAGAAGACGAGGAGGAUGAGGAGGAUGAACUGCCAGAAGAUGGUGAGGAAGAGGAGGAGGAGGAGGAAGAUGAUGAUGAUGGUGAUGAUGAUGUCAUCAUAUGGGACUGAGGGAGGCUGAGGCAAAGGGGAGUCUUUACUGAAAUAUUAACCAACUUAGUGACUGUUCAAACCUUUUUGAAAUUGCUCUUGUAAAAAGUUUUGUGUUCCUGUGUAGGCAAAGGGGGUAAUCUGCAGUAAACUGGAGAGGGUGACCAGGACAAACUGAAGUAUUGGAUCAACACAAAUCCAAUUCUCCAGCCUCCGUGUAGAGAGAGUUUGGGAUCUGGGCAGAUACUGGCUGAAAAGAGCUCUUGCUUUGCUCUUGCUCCUUAGGACUCUUUAAGUCGUGUCUCAGCCCCACAUCUACAGGGAACCUGAAUGGAGAGAAGUAUUGUGAUCCAAUUGAUCCCAGUGCACCCCAGCAUUUGUCAGAGACUCCUUGUGCCUGGCCUGUCUUUCUGAGCACAUGUUCAGGCACACUGCAGCUAGUGUUUGCAGGGUCUUGGCUUUAUAACAGGCACAUCGUCAGACCCCUGAUAAUGUCUGACUCGAUUUGUCACUAAUUCACAGCAGCCUGUUCUUGCUUUUGACACUGGGGCCAAUCUGCUCUCUACCAUUUUAUUUCUAUGAAAUCCCCUCUUUGCUUACUAUUGUCUCAGGGUAAAUCUUUACAUAGAGAGUUUGUGAAACUUUUUAAUAAUCAGAGUGUGAAUAUUAGCCUGUGUAUUUAUUGGAGGCGGGGAUGAGCCGGCAUAGUGACUGUGACUACUAUACUUGGCAGGUAGAGGCAGGAGGAUCAAGGGGUUCAAGGUCAGCCUUGACUACAUAUGAAGUUAAAGGCCAACCUGGACUAUGUGAGACUCUGUUUUGAAACAUAACAGUGAGUCAGAGGAGAAGGGCGGUGGGGUAGUUACAGGUUUGGAUUUACAAACCUGACACUAUUUUCUGCCCAGAUUGAUAUAGAUUGUUUGGUUGGUUUUUUAAUUAUUUUUUCCUUUUUUAACUAGUGCUUCAAUUUGUAUCUAACAAGAGAUGUUUCCCUCUUUAUAGGAUCUGUCUUGUGGACAGAAGGACCAUGGUCUUCUAACUCAAUGAUGUUCUAGAACUGGGAAUUACUGGUAACAAUUGGUUAGUCAUCUGAAAAUAGAGUGCAAGACCCAAAUUGCUUAAUAAUAAAAAAAGGCCAAAAAUAAAAUUGUUUCUUUUCUCCACUUUGCCACUUCUGUGUUUCAAGAUUUAUCUCCGUCUAUCUAUCCAUCCACUUUCCUUUAGGUAUAUGAGUACACUGUUGCUGUCUUCAGACACACCGGAAGGGGGCAUAAGAUCCCACUACAGAUGGUUGUGAGCCACCAUGGGGUUGAUGGGAAUUGCACUCAGGACCUCUGGAAGAGCAGUGUUCUUAACUGCUGAGCCAUCUCUCUAGCCCCAUCUUCACUUUCUUAAAUGCUUGUCUUGAACUCACUGUGAAGCCAUGGCUGCUGCUGUUCUUAUCUUCCUGUUUCCAUCUCCUAAACGCUGAUUAGAAGUAUGUGCCAUUAUGCCCAGCUUAUGCAGUACUGGGGAUCAAACCAGGCCUUUAUGUAUGGUAGGCAGGUACUCUGCCAACUGGGCUACAUCUGUACCUAGCCUGAGUCUAGGAAUUUAAUGCUGGCAUGUAGCCCAGUGGUAGACCUCUUACCUAGCAUGUGUGACACCCUAGUUUCAAGCCCAGCAUCACUUUAAAAUCAUUUCUGGUUUAGUUUAUUUUUUUAAAGAGUUAGUCAGGACACGCUGCAGUAGAUAAAAAUUGAAGACAGUAAUUCAGCAUCUAUUGCUACAUGCAUGGUUUGCAGCCAUCAGAUGACAAGGUUUAUUGGCCCUCCAGCAGUGACAACAGGUUGUAACUCCACUUGCUCAUCCUACCAUUUGAGAAACUAUUUUAGCAAGAGUGGCAGAAGCCAUAAAAGGGUAUGUUAAUGAUUUUUUUCCUCUUUAUUAGUCUAUAUACCUUACUAAGGUGGAAAUCUACCUGUUGUCAAAGCUGGAAAUGUAUUCUACCUAUUGUUUGGAUAAAGGAAAAUCAGAACAUUUCAUAGCAGCUGGGUGUAGAACAAUAGGUAAAAAGUAUAAUACAUGAGGGUGGGGAACAGUUGUUUAUUAACAUUGGCCACAGGAUAGCAACGUCCAGAGCUAAGCAGUGAAAUCCAGAAAUGAACCAGGAUAAAUAUAUUAUCUAGUCUUCCUAUGCCAAAGCAUGAGGCUAAGGAUUUUUGCAACCUUAGUCUCAAACUAGGAAAUGAAAGGCCGCACAUAUGGGAGAGAUGAAGAUCUUCCUGAAGCCCUGGGGAAGACAGCCACUGAGAUGGCACUUGCCACCAAGUCUAGAGACUUGAGUUGGAUCCCCAGGACUAACUUUGUUGGAAAGAACUGACUCCUGCAAGUUGUCCUCAGACCCCCCACAAGUACGUACACAAAGUAAACAAAACCCAGGGGGCUGGAGACGUGGCUCAGCAGUUUAGUAUGCUUUGUGCCGGGCUCCCCAGCACCCAUGUCAGUCAGCUCACACGCUGCCUAUAACCCUGGCUUUAGGGGAUCAUACACCCUCUUCUGGUCUCUGAGGGCACCUGCAUCACAGGCACCCAUAUGCAAGUAGUAUACCCUCAUACAACACACACAGUUUUUAAAAAUUUUUUUAAUGUUUGGAGAGAAAGACAUGUAAGAUAACGUUCAAGAAAACAAGCUGCAGACUGAAACCAGGAACCAGCAAGUGCCCAUAGCCCCUGAGAGAACUGGACACUGCAGGCCAACCUUGAGCAUUAUGCACAGAGCAGACCUGGAAGAGGGAUGUCUAUCUGGAAAUGUUCCAUCCGUCUUUCCUGGCUAGUCCCAUCUGCCUCUGUUGGUAGAACGUCUGCAGCAGAGAACAGAUUUGCAUGUUAUGACAAUACAGACUACUAAAGGUGUCCUACCAAUAAAGUUUUAUUGAACAAAAUCAACUGCUACUGCUUCUCCAUGGUUUUUCCUCAUUGUAUGAUGACUAACUUACAAACAAAAAGAAAUUUUGUUUGAGACAGGGUCUCAUUAUUGCUAUUGCUAUGUAGACCAUGGCUGGCCUUGAAUUCACAGCAAUCUGCCUGCUUCUGUUUUCCAAAAGGGCAGGGAUUAAAGGUGCCACCAUGCCCAACCUAGAUUAAGAGCUGAUGCGUCCUGUGAGACAAGGCCUUUGUUGUUACUGAAGAAACUGUACGCUUCAGUGCUUGAUGAUGAUGAUGUAAAAUAUCUGAGGAACUUUGGGAAGAUUUGGAACAUCUGACUACUGUAUCAAAAGACAAUUACCAGGGAGGCAAAGAUCUUACACCUCUAGUGAUGUGGUACUUUUCAGUAACUAUUUUUAACUUUAUAAUGUUUUAUUUUGAAGUUUUCAUAUUUAUGGAUGUUUUGUUGAAUGUAUUUCUGUGCUCAGAGACAACUCUGGAGAUCCCCUGGGACUGGAGUUACAGAGGAUUGUGAUCCACCAUGUGGGUGCUGGAAUCGAACCCAGGUACCCUGGAAGAGCAGCCACUAUUCUUAACUGCUGAAUCAUCUCUCCAGUCCCAAUAGGUUUUGUUUUAAAACAGUAGUUCUUAACCUGUUGGUCUCCACCCCUUUCGGGUCAAAUGACCCUUUCACAGGAGUCACAUAUCAGAUAUCCUGCAUAUCAGAUAUUUAUAUGAUUCAUAACAAUAGCAGAGUUACAGUUAUGAAGUAGUAAUAAUUCUAUGGUUGGGGUCACCACACAUGAGGGACUGUAUUAAAGGGUUACAGCAGUAGGAAGGCUAGGAACUACUGUUUUAAAGGAUAGACCAGAAUAAUGAACCUGUCAUCCAAUAUCAACAAAACUCGUGGCUAAUAUUUAUUGUUCUUUCUAUUGCUUCCUUUUAGUAAAUUAUACUAAAGCAAAAUCUAGAUACCAUUUAACUUCAUAAAAUUUUUAUUUACAUAUAUAUGGAUAUGUACUUGUUUGUGUUUGUGUAUUUGUGAGUAAAUACAAAGUCAUCAGACCUGAAA